UCAUUACCUUCCUAUUGUAUCUACAUAUACAUUUCCGAAAGAAAAGGUGGAUUUAUUUAUAAUGAUAUCUGAAAUAAUAAUUGAAACAAUUACCUAAUGACCCGGUCAUUAUAUCUCAAUGUAAGGUGUAUAUAAAUCAUAAUACUUCCUUUUCCAAGUUUUAUUUGUGCCCUUGGUAGCAAAGUGAAAAGACCACAGAAAGUUUUGAAAGUGUAUUUUGAAAAUGGCGACAGUUUCGUCAAGAACAAGAAAAAUUGUACAGUUGAUAGCAGCUGCUCAGAAUUCUGAGGAAUAUGAUAACUGCGUGGACGACGACUUAGACGCGGAGCCUAUUGAUGAUAGUUCAGAAGUGGAGGAUAACAUAGAAACCAUCAUAGAAGAAAGGGAUGAGAUCACCGGCGAUUCCACUGAUGAUGAAGAAAUGAUGGAUAUUGACCUACAAGGAGAAGAGAUAUGGUUCGGUAAAGAUGAAACGUUUUGGCUAAAGACACCUCUUGCAAGAAAACGAAUUCGGUCAAAAAAUGUAAUCAGAAGUGCCGCCGGUGUUCACCGUAGCGUACCUCCAUCCACAAGUAUGAUAGAGCUGUUCAAAUUGUUUAUUUCUGCAGAUAUUAUGCGAGACCUGGUGACUUUUACAAAUCAGCGAGGCCGUUUUGAGGUCGAAAACCGCAUUAGGGCUGGGAAGACGAUGGUUUACAAAGACGUUGACGAAAUUGAAAUUUACGCAUAUAUUGGAUUGCUGAUAUGCGCUGGUGCGUUGAAGAGUAAUCGAGAACCUGUGGGAAUGCUAUGGCAAGAUGACCAUUGUUUCAAGAGACCGAUAUAUUCUGCAACAAUGCCACGGACCAGAUUUUCACAAAUAACCAGCUGGAUGCGGUUUGAUGAUAAAGAUACGCGGGAACAACGUAGGCAAUACGACAAACUGGCACCUAUUCGAAACGUGCUUGAAAUGUUUGUAAAUAACUGUCAAAAAUACUAUAACCCGGGUUCUCAUCUUACAAUUGAUGAACAAUUAGUGCCGUUUCGUGGCCGAUGCCCCUUUAGAGUAUACAUGAAAAGUAAACCAGCAAAAUAUGGAAUUAAAAUCUGGUGUCUUGCAGAUGUUGAUACUGCUUAUUGCAAGAACUUACAAGUGUAUUUGGGGAAACAAGGAAAUACUCCGGAACGCGACCAAGGAAGAAGAGUAGUUUUAGAUUUGGUAUCCGUUCUAAGUCCUGGUCACGGUAUUACGACGGAUAACUUUUUUACUUCAUUGGAAUUAGUCGAAGAUCUCCUCGACAAAAAAAUGACACUAUGCGGAACGCUACGAAAGAAUAAAACGUGCAUUCCUCCUGAGUUUAUGCCUACCCGAAAACGUGAAAUUUAUUCCUCAAUUUUUGGAUUCCAGCCGGAGAUCACAAUGGUGUCUUACGUCCCAAAAGUAAACCAAAGUGUUAUACUAUUAUCUUCUGAACAUCGAGAUUCUGCAAUUUCCGAAGGUAGUAAAAGAAAACCAGAGAUAAUAACACAUUACAAUGCUACAAAGGGUGCCGUAGAUACACUGGAUAAGAUGAUUGCCGAAUACACCUGCAAUAGACAAUCCAAAAGGUGGCCAGCUACGUUAUUUAUGAACAUCAUUGACAUUGCAGCAGUAAAUGCCUUCGUGAUGUGGGUUCAUCUCAACCCUGAAUGGGAACGCCAAUAUUUGGAUAAAAGAAGGAUGUUUUUGUUAGAAUUGGGCAAACGGCUUGUACAGCCUCACUUACAAAGAAGAAUAAGCGAUCCAACAAUCAAAUCUCGUCUAACCAUCAACACACGGCAAAAUAUCAAGAAUAUAUUGGAAGAACUGGGAGAUCACCACAAUGUACAAGAACCCGAAGAAGACGCAAAUCCACCAAAAUCUGCAGAAGGAGAGUCCGAAGAGUUGAAGGAAAUCGACAUCGAUUCUGAAGCUGAGGUAACCAUUUUCCCCGUUGAAGAUAUGGAAAUAAGAUCCGUCUGGCCUUUGCCAAAAAUAAUUUUAGCACCCAAGUGGAUUAGGCCUACAGGGGAAACCACGUUAAAAAAAUGCGCCGUGUACUUUACCUCUUUGGUGGUUAAUUGA